GACUUUCUCAGCAAGCAUAAAGCAACAGAACGCGAGCAAUCAGAAGCGACCUUGAUGGCUGGAAUGGAGGACGUUAACAUGAACGAAGAUUCUCAGGGUCCUACACCACCGUCUGGGAUAAAGUACCUCGAUCAACUCCAACGUAUAUCAAACCGUCUACAAGAAGAACUAGUAAUUGAUUUGGAGGAUGUAGCUGGCUAUGAAGAUGGAAAUGCUUUAGUUAAUAGUAUAGUAGGAAACACUAGAAGAUACGUGGACAUAUUCAGCAAAGCAGUAGACAAGCUCAUGCCUACACCAACAAUCGAUAUAUCGAGCAAGGAUGAUGUUUUAGACACGAUCGCGCACCAACGUAGACAGAAACAAUCAGAGAAUGCAGAGGCAGGUAUGCAGGGUUUCCCAGAGCAGAUUAUGAGGAGAUACAAUCUCUAUUUCAAACCUAAAAAGAGCGCAAAAUUGCUUGCUGUUAGAAACAUCAGAGGUGCAGACGUUGGUAAGCUUGUAACCGUGAAGGGUAUAGUCACUAGAGUCUCGGAAGUCAAACCAUGUCUGAAAUUCAAUGCCUACACUUGUGACGCCUGCGGUCAUGAAAUAUUCCAAGAAAUAACCUCAAAGCAGUUCACACCAAUCAGUGAUUGUCUCUCCCAGGAGUGUCGAAUGAACCAAACUAAAGGUUCUUUACACCAACAGACGCGUGCUUGUCGUUUCUUAGCUUUCCAAGAAGUUAAGAUACAAGAAAUGGCAGAUCAGGUCCCAGUUGGACACAUCCCACGAACAAUGUCGGUGCAUAUGUAUGGUAAUCUUGCAAGGACAGUCAAUCCUGGUGAUGUUUGUCACAUAUCAGGUAUUUUCCUCCCACAACCGUACACUGGAUUCAGAGCAAUGAGGGCAGGUUUGUUGCAAGAUACUUACCUUGAAGCUCAGUAUGUUCACCAAUUGAAGAAGCAAUAUGAUGAGAUGGAAUUAACGCCAGAAAUCGAAGAAAAGAUUGCAGAAUUAACUCAGGAUCCAAACUUAUACGCCAAAUUGGCAAGCUCGAUUGCACCAGAGAUUUACGGACACGAUGAUGUCAAAAAGGCUUUAUUGUUAUUACUCGUAGGUGGUGUAACGAAGGGUAUGGGUGACGGAAUGAAGAUCCGUGGUGAUAUCAACGUCUGUCUUAUGGGUGAUCCUGGUGUUGCCAAGUCACAAUUACUCAAGUACAUUUCAAAAAUUGCUCCAAGAGGUGUUUACACCACUGGUAGAGGUUCUUCAGGUGUUGGUUUGACAGCAGCCGUUAUGAGAGAUCCAGUCACAGACGAGAUGGUCCUCGAGGGUGGUGCUCUUGUCCUCGCUGACAACGGAAUCUGUUGUAUUGAUGAGUUUGAUAAGAUGGAGGAGAGUGAUAGAACAGCUAUUCACGAAGUUAUGGAACAACAGACGAUAUCUAUUUCUAAAGCUGGUAUAACUACCACAUUGAAUGCCCGGACGUCAAUCUUAGCAGCUGCUAACCCUCUCCUUGGCCGUUACAAUCCAAAGAUAUCCCCAGUCGAUAACAUUAACUUACCAGCUGCUUUGUUGUCCAGAUUCGAUAUUUUGUUCCUCAUUCUUGACUCACCGUCUAGAGAGUCGGAUGAGAGAUUGGCUCAGCACGUUACUCAUGUUCACAUGUACAAUGAGCAUCCAAAGAUUGACCAUGACCCGGUGGAGCCAUUGUUGAUGAGACAUUACAUUGCACUCGCACGUCAGAAAAGACCAACUGUUCCACAGUCUGUAGCUGAAUACUUAACUGGUACCUACGUUCAAAUGCGUAAAGCACAGAAGGAAGACGACUCAGGAUUUACUUAUACCUCAGCACGUACACUCUUGGGUGUCCUCCGUCUCUCACAAGCACUCUCGAGAUUGAGAUUUGCGGAUGUCGUCGAAGCUGCAGAUGUUGAUGAAGCAUUGCGCUUGCUGGAUGUCUCCAAAGCCUCACUCUAUGAAUCUAAAGACGGUAACCGUGCCGACAAUGAUAUGACAUCCACAUCAAAGAUCUGGAGAAUAAUGAGAGAUCUCCGUCGCAUCAAUGCAGCUGGUAAAGGUGAUGCAGAUGAGGAUGAACUCCUCGAACUCAAUCUUCGCGAUGUCAGGGAUAGAGUUCUGGCUAAGGGAUUCACAGAAGAUUCUCUCAUGGAUACCAUCAACGAAUAUGAGAGAUUGGAUAUCAUACAAAGGGUUGCUGGCGGUACUAAGAUCAGAUUCGUAGAUGAACUCUAAUAUAUUGUAAAAAAAUUCACUCUAAAGUUUGUUUGUAAAUAUAAGUUAUAAAUUAAUCAUUUUAUGAAAUAUCUAAGAUUGUAAUUUUGUAUGUGAUACAACUAUUGCGUUCUUUGCUUGAGACGAUGGCAGCUUUGUCCAUCUGCCCAUCCGUGGUUCUUGGCCAGUUGCAGCGACGAUGACCAGCUCAUCUGUUGAUUUUUUACUAGUCUCUCGUUCUUCAUUCGAUAAGUUUAUUAUUCCUCUCGGUGGUUGUAUUAUUUGUAAUGAGUUUAUGAAACCCUUUGCUUCAAUUUCUGUCAAUUUCUCGAAUGAUUUGAGCUGUUUGUCUAAUUUCCAGAUUCUAAUCCAACCGUCGUAUGAUCCAGAGGCGAAUAAGUCUGAAUAUGGCAAGCUCCUGAUUGAGGUUAUGCUUCUAGGUUGGUUGAUAAUACCCUCUGUCUCAGAGUGGUGUUGGUGAAUGCCGUGGGAUAUGUAAUUAGUAUAUAUUGCCUUCUUUUUACCAGUGUUCCAUAAACUAAUAUUACCGGAGUCACCACCUGUAAGGAAAUGCUGAUCGUCUACCAUUGUGCAACAAUCAAGACUACCCUCUACGUAGGUUGUAGAUUUCUGUGGCUGCUGCUGGCCAUCAAUUUCCAUACCCUGAGCAUCAAAAUCGAUUGCACCGUCCAACAUAUCCUUGAGCUUCGAUCUACCGCCACCUCUGAAGACGAGCUGUGACUCGUCGACAACUUUCCAAUAACGGGCUGUUUUGUCCCUGCACCCAACACUUAAUGCUAUGUCUGCGCGGAGGACAGAUAAGUCGUAAAUUUGAUCCUGAUGACCAUAGAGCGUUUCUACGUAUGAAGGACUAUCAGGUGGAUUCGAAGGGAAGGAGUAGACUUUGAUAGUUCUGUCUAAACUGGCUGCAAAGAGCGCUGUUGGUGUUGACUGUCUGAACGCGAGUGCAGAUACAGCAUCCUUGAAACCCGGUAGAGUAGUCACUAAAGAAAAUGGGGAGGUGAGUGUGUUGUAUAUGUCGACCUUCUUGUUAGCUGUACCGACAGCUAGCCACUUGUAGCAAGGAGAGGUGGCCAAGCAGAGUGGAUUCCUGGUUGGUAGUCUAUGCUUCUGCUUAGUUGAAAAGUUGAACUGAGUGACUGUGUUAUCCUUGGAAGCGUAGACAAAAUAAGCUUCGUUUCGAGAGAAAGUGAGGAUUGAGUGGGUGAGUGUUAGCUUUUGUUUAUAAGAUUUUGUCGAGAGUGUUAUGUGAUCAGCCAAGUAUUUAUUAACUUUGUUAGAUUUCUCAAGCAAAUCCUUAUUCAAAGUGCCCUCAACGUCGUCUUCUUCGAUGCUGUUGAGGUAAUCCUUAGCGAGUUUUAUCCGCUUAUUUUGACUAUCGUCGUAUUCUUCUUCACUUGAACUGCUGUAGACUUCUUCUUCUUCUUUAUCACUCAAACUCUCUACAGAAGACAUGAUGGAUGAAGUUUGGGAGUGUUACAGGCGAUUAUUGAGGGAUGAAUUAGAGGAAAUCAAAAAUGAGAUUGUUAGCAAAAUUUCUGUCGAAUUGGCUAGCAUUUCCUUAUCAUUCAACUCAAAGUUGCUUCUCAGUCUUGUCACCACACAGCAGCAGAACUUCAGAAAUGGCGAUCUAGCCGCUAUAGUCGAUACAAAGAACACAGAACUUCUUAGGGGCGUCGUAUACUCAGCAGAUAACAGACGCAUACAAGUCUCAAUCGAUAAGGAUGAAAUUGAUCUACCAUCCCCUAUCUACCUUGUCAAAUUGCAGGAUGAAUCAACCUACAAUAGAUUGCUCCAAACGAUAGACAAAUACGACACUAUCGAUCAAUCUAACCAAUUGAACCCGCUAAUGGAGACUAUAUUUGGUCUGAGGAAACCCACCUUCUUUCAAGAAUCACCUAGCGAAUACUUAGAUAAUACUCUUAAUCAAUCACAAAGAGAUGCGGUCAAUUUGGCACUCAAAGCUGACCAUUUGGCCCUAAUUCACGGCCCACCAGGUACCGGGAAGUCUUAUACCCUUAUCGAGAUCAUCAGACAACUUAUCAACCAAGAUAAGCGGAUCCUCGUCUGUGGUUCAUCCAAUCUGGCGGUCGAUAACAUCCUAGAGAGGUUAUCUGUUUAUAAUAUCCCAGUCACUAGAUUAGGACAUCCAGCGCGUAUACUAAACAACCUACAAACUCAGACACUCGAGUAUCAGACUUCACAUUCACACCAGAAUGAGAUUGUCAAAGAUGUCAAAAAAGAGUUAGAAGACCUAAUGAAAGAUUUGAAAGACGGUAGGAUCAAGGGGAAGCUAAAAAGAAAGAAUGCCUGGAAUGAGGUCAAAGAAUUACGAAAGGAACACCGAAAGCGCUCAAUAGGGGUUCUCAAUAGUCUUAUGACACGGGCGAAGGUUGUCUUGUGUACUCUGCAUGGUGCCGGUGGUAGACAACUUCAGCAUCAAAAAGAAUUUGAUGUUUGCGUUAUAGAUGAGUCCACUCAGGCUUUGGAACCAAGUUGUCUCAUACCUGUCCUUAAAGCAAAGAAAUUGAUCCUGGCUGGUGAUCCUUUGCAGCUUCCCCCAACUGUUUUAGCUCGUCCCGGUCAGAAGAAGAAAGAAAGGAUGAAGAUCAUUCCAAAAGAGCCUAAAACGAAGAAAGAGAAGGAAAUAUCUGAUAAGCUUGCUGAGGUUAACAUAAGUGAACAUGGAAAUGCCGCCAGUAAGAUAUCCAGAGUGGCACCUACACAACCAACAUUGAAGCCGUUAAAAUCCCUCGAGGAGUCCCUUUUCGAGAGAUUGAUUGGAAUACACGGGAACUCUAUCAAGUGCCUACUUAGCGUACAGUAUAGAAUGCACGAUAUGAUCAUGAAAUACCCCUCAGAAGCAAUGUACAACAGUAAAUUAACGGCAUACGAAGCAGUCUCUAAGCGCACACUAAUGGAACUCCCUAAUGUUGUCGACAAUGAUACAGAAAAAGACGAAGUAGAGCUGAGCUCACCGUUGGUCUUUAUAGACACAGAUGGAUAUGACUUCUUCGAGAGAAUUGACUCCGAAGAGAUGAAAAAGGGCGCAGUAGAGGAAGGAAGUAAAUACAAUGAGAAUGAAGUUGAGAUCAUUAAGCGGAAGGUUCAAGAUUUGGUGCAUGCUGGUGUUCGCGAUUCUCAAAUUGCUAUUAUCACACCAUAUCAAGCUCAAGUUGGGCAUCUUAAUAAUGCUGUAAAACCCCAAUUUCCUGGAUGUGAAAUUGGUAGUGUUGAUGGUGUACAAGGGCGUGAACAAGAGGUUGUCAUUAUGUCACUCGUUAGAUCCAAUGAAACUGGCGAAGUCGGUUUCUUGAAGGAGGAACGUAGAUUGAAUGUCGCAAUGACUCGUGCGAAAAGACAGCUGGUGAGUGUAUUCUGUAAAUACUAAAGGAGUUUUGACAUGUCCCAGAUUAUCGUUGGUAACAGUGCAACUAUCAAGCGUGGCAGUAACUAUCUCAAGAAAUGGAUGGAUUUCCUAGAAAGCAAUGCAGAUAUACAAGUACCAGAGUAGAUAACUAUGAAUUUAUUAUGUAUCAAUGUUUAAAGAUCAGUUAC